AUGCAGACCUUUGGAAGCUUUCUCGUCGCCGCUCUGGCAGCCGGCUUUGUCUCUGGUAGUGUCACGUCCAGCAAAUCUGGCACUUUCGAGCUGAAGCAGACCGGCAUGCCCAAAUGGAAUCUCCGCAACGGCCCUCAGGCUCUCGCCAAUGCCUACUCCAAAUACGGCAAGGUCGUUCCGGACCACGUAGCCCUUGCUGCUGCUAACCAAAACGCCAACAAGAAGAAGAAGAAGAAGCACUUUAAGCGCGGCAGGGGCAGCGUCACUGCCGAGCCUAUCAUGGACGACCUGGAGUAUCUCGUCAACGUCCAUGUUGGCCACAACAAUCAGUUUAUGAGGCUAGACUUGGACACUGGCAGCUCUGAUCUAUGGGUCUUUUCUACCGAGACCAUUGAUGCCGGUGCCCAGAACAAGUACAGCCCCAAGAGGAGCUCCACUGCCAAGAAGAUGCAUGGCGCACAUUGGAAGAUAUCCUACGGCGAUGGCUCCAGCUGCUCUGGCGAUGUAUACACCGACCACGUUACAAUCGGCGGUCUUACCGUCCAGAAUCAGGCUGUCGAGUCUGCAAGAGAAGUCUCUCGGCAGUUUGCUCGUGGCAAGGGUGAUGGUCUUCUCGGUCUUGCAUUCUCCAGUCUCAACACUGUCAAGCCCCAUAAGCAAAAUACGUGGUUUGACAACGUCAAGCCUCAACUCGACGACCCCGUCUUCGUUGCCGACCUGCGCCACAAGGUCCCCGGCACAUACUUCUUCGGCUUUAUUCCCGACACGGUGAGGGACGUCAGCUACGUCGAUGUUGACAGCAGCGAUGGCUUUUGGGGCUUCAACGCCUCAACCAGUUUUGGCGAGGUCCAGGGCAUCGCCGACACUGGCACGACUCUCCUUCUCCUCGACGACAAGACCGUCGAGGGAUACUACGCCGACGUCAAGAGCGCCGAGAAUGACCAGCAACAGGGUGGUUUCGUCUUUGACUGCGCAGAGACGCUUCCCAACUUUUCCUUUAGCGUUGGUGGUGGCAACAUCACCAUCCCUGGCGAGCUCAUCAACUACGCCCAGGCAUCGGACUCCAAGUGUUUUGGUGGUAUUCAGGCCGCUGGCAACAUCCCCUUUAGUAUUUUUGGCGAUGUUGCGUUGAAGGCCGCCCACGUCGUCUUUGACGCUGGUAACAAUCGCCUCGGCUGGGCUCAGAAGAAAUGA